AUGACUGGCACGUUUACCUUAUUUAAUAUUCAAAAAACGAUAGUUGACAGUAUACAAAAAGAGGAUUCAUCUUUUACUGAAAAUGGAUAUUAUAGCCUUGCUUUAAAUAAUGCAUUUUAUGCUUUAUUUAAUUGGAUAACACCUUCAGUGAUACAUCUCAUUGGUUCUAAAUAUUCCAUGUGUUUGGGAGUCAUCUUUAAUAUUAUGUUUAUACUACAGUUCCUGAUUCCGAAGGUAUGGCUGUUGUAUACAAUAUCAGCCUUAAUAGGAUUGGGAACUUCGUUACUGUGGAUAGGUGAAGGGAACUACAUCACCCUAAAUUCAACUGAAGAGACAAUCUCCAGGAAUUCAGGAAUAUUUACCUUUCUCUCAAAUUUUAGUAUGAUUUUUGGAAAUAUUUUAGUUAUGUUUGCGUUCAGCGGCAAGGAAGUAAUCAAUGAAGCAACAAGGACCUAUGUGAUACUAUCUCUUGCAGGUGUUUGUAGUGCAGGUCUUAUAAUUUUUUGUUUACUUUCACAACCUGCCCGACAAAAAGAUCCUCAUGCAGAAGUUGUUAAAGUAGAAGGGCCUGUCGAGGCUUUUGUAAGUGCCACUAAGUUAUUUAUAACUAGAAAGAUGUUUUUGCUUAGUUUCAUUUUCCUCUACGCCGGACUGGAAAUGGGAUUUUUUAGUGGAGUGUAUAGUUCUUGCGUUGGAUUUACAAAGAAAUUCGACGAUCGUAAACGAUUGGUAGGAAUAUCCGGAAUCCUUAUAGGUGUUGGUGAAGUGUUCGGAGGUGGAGUUCUUAGUUUAUUUGGACAAAAGUUGUUAAAAUUUGGCAGAAGUAAUUUAGCCAUAGUAGGGUGUUGUAUACACACUCUUUGCUUUGCUUUAAUAUUUAUUAAUCUUCCUAAUACCUCAACCUUUUCUGAUACGGACGAAGAAGCUGUUAUAGAAAGUAGUGUUUUUAUUGCUAUGUUCUGUGCUUUUUUAUUAGGCCUUGGAGAUUCAGUUAUUAUAAAUGUAAUAUACUCUUUAUUAGGUACAGUGUACAGCGAAAAUAGUGCCUGCGCAUUUGCCAUUUUUCAAUUUUUUCAAGCAAUUGGGAUCGUUAUUAACUUUGUUACAGCUCCAGUGUUGGGUCUUUAUUAUCAGUUAGCUAUACUUUUUGUUUUGGGUCUAACUAGUACUACAUGUUACAUUCGUGUAAAUUUAUCCUACACAAAAGCUAAUUUUGAAAUAGAUACUUCCAAAAAGAUGAGGGACUGUAAAGAAUAUUCUUAA